UACAUGGCGCUUGGACGCUGCGUUUGUAGGCGUUUGUGGACUUUUAAUCUGUGGUGAUGGGAUAAUGUCCUCUACAACUUGACAUUGUAUUCGCCUUCAAAUGGUCGUCGAUGCCUUAAUGACGGGCGAUAGUAUGAAAUCCGACCUGCUGGGCAGCGAGCGACUGAGGAUCGAAAGUCGUCAGUCUCGUCGAAAUAUGUCAAAGAGCAUCGCAGUGCUAAAUGGUGAUCACGCCGUGGAUAACGGUAGCAUUGGGAACCUUGAAGCCGCCUUCCACGACCACAUUUCGUGCACAAAGUCAUCGGAAUUGGCUCAAAUUGAGGACGGCUCGUCGGAGAGGAUUACCCUGCCCUGCGAAACCGACCACAUAUACGCGAACUGUAGUGAAGUGAAGGGGCAGAAUAGCAGAGACGAUGUCGAAGUGCAAAAGUUGGGAGGAAUUGUUCUCAGUCACAUAGACUUAAUAGAGCAACAACAAGAACAGCUGUUGAAGCGAGAUAGGCAGUUGCAAGCGUUAAAACAAGAAAAAGAUGCGCUGAAACAAAAGUUGGAACGUCUGGAGAAGAAAUUGUCACAGGCCACUCGCGACACCGCAGCACGGAGACCAACUUUGGCCACUGUUGCGACGCAGACUGAUGCCCGGCAGAGUUCUUCCAGUCAGCCCUCGGGCACUUCCCAGAGACGUUCCAGGCCCGUGAAGGCCAUCCCAAGGAUACGCAAAAGGGCUCGCUCGAAUGACUCCGCAACAACGCCGUCUGCGAGGGCUUCUUCCGCAGAGUCGAGCGUACGUGCCGGGACGUCUCGGCCGCCGCCGGCAAAGAGAAAACAGGUAGAGGCCCCCCACGUGGAAUCUUCCAUACUGUGGACAACGACGCCCUACUACAGCAUUGUGGAACAGACGAGCCUCGGCAUAACAGCGGAAGAAGAGACAUCAGAGAAGAUUGAAGUUCCCACAUGGAGGUUUCACCCCAUGCCCAGCGGCUAUUCCAUGGAGGGCACAGAGGAUCUCGAUGACAAGAUAUUUGCAAAGCGCCACCAGAAACUGGAAUUGGACGAGAGGAGACGGAAAAGAUGGGACAUCCAGAGGCUGAGAGAGCAACGCAGAACGGAGAGGUUGCUCCAGAGACAGCGGGCAAGCCAAGAGGACGCGGAUGACAUCAGGAAAAGGCAGCUCGGCUCUUUCUUCUUCAGCCCCAAAAAUGUGCACUGCAUAGAGGUGACGGACAAGCUGCCUGUUGUAGCGUUCGGUCACCCUGUCCCCAGCUUACAAGCAGAGGAGUUCUCCUUGCCCUGGUUCGACACGGCCGAACGUGAACGCCGGGAGCAGAGCAAGCAGACGGCGAGACGACCAAGCAAAAGUCACAACCCUGGACACCGCCGGUAACAGUGACGUGCGGCACAUCCGGUGUUGCUCUGUGUAUACCCAGCUGCAGGAGUGUGUGGCUGCACAAAAGACGCAUUUAGGACGAUUGUACCCCUGCACAUAUUCGAUCCCCGUUAUCCUGAACUGUGGAAGAUCUUUCGAUGCUCUUGCGAUCUCACAUGCAGGAAGCGAGCUCUCGGAAGUGGCCCCCCUUAUUUUUCAACGGCUUUCAACGGCUCUUUUCUGUUCCCCGGGCUUGUCCGAUUCGAGGUGUUGACGAAGAUGUGUCUGAAGGAAAUUUGGAACCUGGAAGUCGUAAAUUGGUGGUUGACGGAACAAAAAGAUUUUUCGGAGUAAUCCUGCCGAUUCUGAUGCACUAAAUACAUUCGCCACAAAUUCUGCUCAAAAUCUAACAGCUGAGCAAGCUCAGGGUUGGAAGCAGUUUGGAUGCAAACAAAUGGAGUGGUUAGAAGCGGGCGAAUAAUUCUGUCUCCCUCACUUGGCAACACUGGGUGCGUUUCAGUUAGCUCGGGCCUCGUGAUUAUUUUUCCGCGGUAUCUCGGUUACUUAUAGUCGUGGCAGAUUUAAGAAAUUUCCUGUAGCAAAACGUUGGCCUAACACGUGCUGUUUAACUCAGAGUAGAGCAUGUCCGUGUAAGAAUGCCGAGCAGGUUACCACACUGACCCAAGUAUAAGGCAGCACACUACUGAACAUUGGAUGGAUGUCCCUCGGACGUCAGUCAGGGUUCAAGCCGUGGAUGGGCAGCGCACCAUAUAAUUCAACAAAUAUGACAAAUGAACUCUUAACGGUUAGAAUUUGAUUGUACAGGUAACAAUAGCCCUGUAAUUUUACCGACUGUGUGCCGAAAAAAUCAUGGCUACAAGUGCAAACAGUGGUUGCAGUCUGAAUUGUGCGUGAAGUCUAAGAGUGAGGAUCGAUGUUGGAGGUGUCUAUAGGCUCUUAGGAAGACCACAUUUCAUAAGUGCUGUAAAAAAAAGAUAACAGGCUUGUUUCAAGCUCUGCAUUAUCGUAUAAAAAUUUUCUAACUACCUGUGCAGUGAACGGGUAGGCGUUAUCCCCUACAUUCACGAUGCCUGCUCGACUUUUGUAGUGGGAAUCUUUAUGGCUCCGGAAAGCAUGUUCUGUUCCAGUUGUAAUAUGUUGAAUUUUAUACAAUGCAAUAUGGCUCCUACUAGCCUGGUUCAAUAGUAAUAAUACUAAUAAAAGAACAGAAUAAUGAAAUGAAUCUUAAUCAUAUUGGCUAACCCAACUGAGUGCAAGCAGAAGGGGGCCUCUGUUGUUUAUGCAGGGGAAAACACUUUGUUUUUUCCUUAAUUUUUCUCGUACCUGAUACUUCUUUGACGAAGACCUCAAUUACUGUCAGCGGACAUCGUUAUGGAAUCCACUAAAACACAACCCACAUCGGAGAAUUCAGCAUCGGUGCACAAUCCACACAGUUGCAUGGCCGUUAUUUGUCCGACGGAUGAUGUAUCGAUUGAUUGGUGGCACCGCAAGUCACGGAAAGCAUCUGCCUUAUAACUGAAUAAGUGCGGGUACUUAAAAUGUGGUACUUUUCACCCACAGACACCCUGCAUUGAACACCCUGUACAUUGAACGUUGUUGCAUAGUCAUUACUAUUCUAGGACCCGCAUUAUUACUUUGCAGUGUUUGUCUUUGCAUUCCUUCCUGUCAUAGACGCUUUAUAUUCAUAGUGUACCUGAUGCUACUUAACAUUUUUUUUAAUUUUAUUUAAAUCUUACUAGACACGUUAUCGUUUCCCUAACCCCCAUCGUUUCUGUGGUAAGCUUAUCUCCUCUCAGAGGAAUCCUCACCCGAAGUCGCCCCCCCCCCCCCCUUUUUUUUUUUUUUUGUCGGAGGUUUGAAAUGUAAUCGAUACAGUGCGUUCUACCGUGUAUGUGACAACCCCUUGCUUUGUUGGCAGUGUUGUGGCACAGUUACGUAAAUUGUGUGGCAGAAGUAACGCGUUAGGAAAACCAAAAUGAUGAUGCAAUACGAUUACGGCGUUCCAAUGCGAGCAGAAGUGCAUUAGAUAGAAAUUAGCGAGGCUGUGUUCUGUCGACUUGUUAAUCGAUGUAUUUUUGGAAACGCUGGCAGAGCUUUGUCAGGACCGUAGAGUCACGGAAUCGUGCCGUAGUCGCUCGCAUGUAACCUGCACCGGCAAACCACGUAAUUCUAAAUGAACUAUAUAAUAGAAAAAAAAAAGAAUCGAAACCAUGUACAGCCCGAGAGUUCUCACGCAUCUCGACACAUCCCUCAUGCCAAAAUGGCCCUAGUGUGUUUCGAAUACGGCAAAGUGUGUUUGUAAUGGUGUUGAGCAUAGUUUCAUGAGUAUCUUACAAGGGUUUGUCAUUUCCCAGUGCAACAUAAAUUUGAUUACAUGGAUGCAUUUGAUUUACACGGACACAUUUCAGUUUGUAUUGAACGUAUACAUCAUCUUGAAAUUAUCAUGUUAUUACUUGAUUUUUUUUUUUAGUUUACAAGUUCCUCUUUCAUGCGCUUGUUAUACCAAAGCGACUAAAACUUGUACUAAAACUCUUCAUUGUUGUCAGUGCUACAACUUGCCAUUUUACACAAAAAACGAAGAGGACAUCUGUGUCGAUUUCUAAGCGUCAGUAACACCUUUAUUGUCUAGAGAUCGAUUGAGAUAUCGAGAUUGAUAGAGAUAUUGAUAGAGAUGUGUAGAGUCUCCAGUCGGGAAUUACGAAAUCACUUCAUGCCGGUUACGUGCGAGCGAGGACAGCACUUCACGAAGUAUAGUUGAACACGUGCGAUGCAUAAGAGUUGCACCUUAGAAAAGAGAGAGAGAGAUGUGUAUCGGACUUUGCGGAUCGAGAGCUUAAAUCUGUGGAGCUAUUUUUCAUACAAAUGUACAUAAAGAGAAGAAUUUAUAUACGAGCAUAAUAAUGCAGCUUUCCAGGAACCCUGCAAGUUUUGGACUCUGAUUGAAUCGUGCAGGACUGAAAUGAAAUUCUAUAUUUGCUGCCGUUUUGUAGAACGCACACCUGUACAUAGCGUUGUUAGCCUUCACCGCCGCCGCUCUGUGUUUAUUGUAUUGUAAAUAACCGAUGCAUUUUA